AUGAGUCUUGCAUCAGGAUGCACUCUCAUUUAUAUUUCGAACACCCAUGGUUAUUUGGCGACGAUGAAGCAGGCGCCGCCGCUGGGAUGCUUGUGGCUCUGGGCUGUUGUGGAACUGCAUCUCGUCUGGGGCUGCCUUAGCCUGCUCCUUGCCGCGGUCUAUCUCAGACAGCGAGGCUACGAGAUAAAAUAA